CGGCGAAUGAAAUUUAUCAUUUUGAUACGUACGUAAUUAACAUUUUAAAAAGAAAAAAGAAAAAGAAAACAACAAACGAAGAAAAAGGAAAAAGAUAGUAGGAGGAGUACGGCGUGGGGACUGAAUUGAUGAUGAGAUUCAUUUGACAAAUCCCAGUAAAAUUUAAGAUUUUGGGUGACAGGCAGCUGAGAUAAGCCGACGAGACAAAUAACGUUAAAAAAACAAGGCCGUCACUCUGCGGCCGAUCGGAAACUCGAAACUGCACCCCCACCAGGCGAAAAGACGUACCAAUCCUUCUUCUUCCCACACGUUUGAGGAGCCCAUUAUUUCGCCACGUGGAUCUCCUCCUCAAGUUGGGGUCCACUCCGGUGACCCCACCUUCCCCACCUCCCCCCGCCCGGGGGUCUUCAAACUGCCGUCACACUGAUUUUUGCGUGUUCUGUUUCUUUCUUAUUGUGCUUAUUUUGACUUUGUUCUUCUUCUUCUUUCUUCUUCUCCUCUUUUUGAAUCUCUUUUUUUUGCUGCUUAGCUCUCUCUGAUUCCUUUGUGUGGAAAAGUUUUACACACGUUUGAUGCAACAUUCCUUUUACACCAUUUAUUCUCCCAUUCUUAUUCUACUUCCUGGGUUCUCUUCCAUUUCACGUCUCCUUUUCCAAUCUGAGAGAUUAUUAUUUAUUUAUUUUUAUACACAGUGCUCUUGAUCAAAUAUUCUUUUGUGGUGACCUGUAUAUAUGCGGUCUCGAAUUCGUUUUAGAUUCUAGAGUUGCGGGUUCUGGGUUUUUGGAGGAGUAAUUUAAGCCCAGGUGGAAUUAAAAAUGGGGGCCUGCGUAUCAAGGCCAGAUAGUUGUGUUGGGGGUAAAUUGGGAGGUUUAAAGAAGAAGACCCGAAGGAGAAGGAAAGGGGUCAACCGGAAGGUGUCUUUUCAACUGUCUGAUCCACCGCUGGAUAGACUGGAAAAGCCUCUUCCUCUGGAUCGCUCCUUCAACAAUCCCACCUUCAAAGGAAGCGCUGAGGAGGCAUGGUUUGAUUCAGCUGCAAUUCUUGAAUCUGACUGUAGCGAUGAGGAUUUUCAAAGUGCUCCUGAUGAUGCACACUCUGUCAGCGCAUAUGAUGCUUUGUCACAGUCUAGUAUUACAUCUCCCAGAUUUUCUAAUCACAGAGAUGGUGAUGUCAAUUCACAUUGCUCCUCCUCUGUCGACCUGUUACAGAGGCCAGAAGAUUCAUCUCAUUUGGAGUCUCCUCGCAUCUCUGCCAAUGAUGAUGCACAUGGGGAGAGUGGAUUGCUUGAUAACUGCGGUAUUCUUCCAAAUAAUUGUUUGCCUUGUCUUGCUUCGACUGCCCCCUCUGUGGAGAAGAGGAGAUCACUUAGCUCAAGUCCUCCCAGUGCUAGGAAGAAGGCUGCUCUGAAAAAUCCUUUCAAGUGGAAGGAAGGAAAUUCUAGUGCAAACCUACUUUCUUCCAAAGCGCUCUUGCAAAGGCCACUGGCUGGUGCCCAAGUACCUUUCUGUCCUUUGGAAAAGAAGGUUUCUGACAGUUGGUCACAUAUUGAACCAAGUAGUUUUAAAGUUCGGGGAGCAAAUUAUCCUAGGGAUAAAAAGAAGGAUUUUGCAUCCAACUGUGCAGCGUAUUAUCCAUUUGGUGUUGAUGUAUUUUUAUCUCCUCAAAAGAUAAAUCAUGUUGCUCGAUAUGUAGAACUCCCUGCCAUUAAUCACUCUGCGAAACUUCCACCAAUUCUUGUUGUAAAUGCUCAGAUUCCUUUGUAUCCGGCCACGUUUUUCCAGAAUGAAACUGAUGGAGAAGGUUUCAGUAUUGUGAUGUACUUUAAACUUAAUGAACGUUAUGCAAAGGAACUUUCAUCCCAAUUUCAAGAAAGCAUCCUGGUAAGCAUGGUUCCCUGCUCAUUGCAAUUGAUGAUAUUCAAGAACGUUGCAAUUUGAAGAUGGCUGUGUAGUUUCUCAAUAAUUGAAGAGAAGCUCUAUUGACUAAUUUGAAUGUAACUAUGUUCCUUCUUUUUUUAGUUGGAUAUCUCUGAAUCGCUUUCCUUUCUUUCCUUGAGCUAGUCUAUACUAUAGUUUUACUCAUGGUGCCUUGAUUGGUGUUUGCCUCCCCUUUUUGGAUCAGAGAAUAAUUGAUGACGAAGUUGAAAAAGUGAAAGGUUUUCCCUCAGACACAAUCGUACCUUUCAGGGAAAGAUUAAAAAUUCUUGGACGUGUAGGCAAUGUGGACGACCUUCCUAUAAGUGCAGCUGAGAGAAAGCUUAUGCAUGCUUAUAACGAAAAGCCUGUGCUCUCGCGUCCUCAACAUGAAUUUUACUUGGUCAGUGUAGCUUCUAGUUUCAGAAUGUUAUCGUUAUUAUUUUGUUUUUGCAUUUUAAUUUUGUUCAACAUGGAAAUGUUUGAAGUGGUAGUACUACAUUGAUUUUUUUAUAAACUAAGAGAACUGAUUUGCAGGGAGAGAACUAUCUUGAGAUCGACCUGGAUAUGCAUCGAUUCAGCUACAUCUCCAGGAAGGGUUUUGAAGCAUUCCUAGACCGGUUAAAGUAUUGCGAUUUGGACUUUGGCCUCACAAUUCAAGUAAGCACUUUGAUUUGGCCCUUUUUCAAUUCACUAGUUGGCUUUCAAUUAUUCAGUACUAAUAUUAUCGAGAUUGAUUGAUUGUUGUUUUCACUGAACAGGGUAAUAAAUCCGAGGAGUUGCCGGAGCAGAUUUUAUGUUGCGUAAGGUUAAAUGAAAUUGAUUAUGUGAAUUAUGAACAGCUGGGGUUUAGUAAGGACCCCGUUUUGUAGGCAGAAAAGAAGUCUGCCGUAAUAUUUAUAGCAGUUAUUAUCUCAUAAAUAUAUACAGUAUAUGAAAGCACUGCAAAACUCGUUAUAGCACCAAGCGCUUCAGUUUCUCUUGACCCUAAAUGGUCAAAUAUUCAAUACCAUUACUUGUACAUGUCAUACAAAGACAGCCAUCAGCCGAUUGUUUGCAAUAGACGGGCGUUUGUCUUACAACUUAAGGUUCAAAAAUUUAAUAAACAACUUCCAUCGAAAAAUAUAAUGGUUAAAAAAAAUUCUGACAAAAAUGUACUAUCUGAGGACAGAAACCAUACAUCCACAUUACUUCUUAAUAGUGAUCAAAAAAGUAGUUAAGAGUUCAACACAUUAUAAUUAAUUAAUUAGAUUAAGAGAAUACUAAGUACUCCCAUAGAAGGGUAGGGGAGAGGAGGAGGAGGAGAUUGUUCGGGGAUCUUCCUUUUCCCUUCGCGUUAGGGCGAAGUAGUGUUAUUUAUUAGUUAUAACCUCUUACAGUCGGACGUUAACGGCGGAUGGGCCAAUUUAUAUAGUCCAUAUAUAUGUGUGUGUGUGGGGGCGCGGGCGCUUCUCAAAUUUGAAUUUCCCUAGUUCUUGGAAACUCUACUAGUUAUAAUAUUUGCAUUCGCUGUCUGAUGUGUUGGAGGUUCAGAUAGAUAACCUCAUAUGUUCUCAGGAG